CUCGUUUUUGCAACCCAAAAUUCCCACCAUUUGAAAGCUGAAGUAAUUUGGUCAUGUUUGUUUUACAAAGUCUAUAAUUACCAACCUUUUGGUGUCCGAUCAGAAAAUCGGGAGAACCUUACAACCAGAUCUUUGGACUCUAUAGUGGCUACGUAUCAGAAAUGCAAAGCUCAUCAGACUUGGAAAACCCCAAACAAUGCGAGUUCAAAAUCGGCCAGCGAGUCCAUUGGGCUGGAGACUGCAGGCGAAUCGGCACCGUGAAGUACGUCGGAGAAGUGGAAGGCUAUUCUGGCAACUGGGUCGGCGUUGAAUGGGACAAUCGUGAUGGAAAACAUGAUGGAUCAGUCAAUGGUGUUCGCUAUUUCAAUGCUCAGUUUCCCAAGUCAGCUUCCUUCGCUCGCUCACACAAUUUGAGCACCGGCGUUUCGCUGUUGCAGGCCCUAGAUAUACGAUAUCGAACCAGUUCUACUAAAGAAGAAGAAGAUGAAAUGUAUGUUCUUUCUGCUAGCAACAAACGAGUAAAUGUUCAGCUGUUGGGUAAAGAUAAGAUUGAAGACAAACUGGGUCGAUUCGAGGAGUUGCCGGGUGCAUCAUUGUUUUAUUUAGGGGUUAGUUCUUCUGGGGACCCUUUUCAAAUUAGCAAGACUCUACCAAAUCUAAAGGAGCUUGAUUUAACUGGAAAUCUGCUUUCCGAGUGGCAGGAUGUUGCUGCCAUCUGCAGCGGGUUACCAGCCCUUACAGCCCUUAAUUUGUCAAGCAAUACAAUGUCACAUUCUGUAGUUGGAAUCUCUCACCUGACGAAUCUUCGGAUUUUAGUUCUAAAUAAUACUGCCAUAAAUUGGUCUCAGAUUGAAGAGCUUAAAGAUUCACUGCGAGCCAUCGAAGAGCUGCAUGUAAUGGGAAAUAAGUUGAGGGAGAUAACGACUACAUCAUCCAAUAUUGUACAAGGAUUUGACUCUCUUCGACUUCUUAACUUGGAAGAUAACUAUAUAGCUGAUUGGGGUGAAAUCUUGAAACUUUCACAACUGAAAUGUUUGGAGCAACUUCAUUUGAAUAAAAAUAGCAUAGAACACAUUUGGUACCCUGCUGCAGAUGAACUGCCAUAUAGCUCUGCUUCACCUGACAAGAGCUAUAAGCCUUUCCAAAAAUUGCGCUGCCUACUUAUAGGAGCUAAUAAAAUCGAGGAUGUAGCUUCCAUUGAUGCGCUAAACUCUUAUCCUGGCUUAGUGGAUAUUAGGUGUUCUGAGAAUCCAGCAACUGAUCCCAGGAGAGGUGGGAUUGCAAGAUAUGUUUUGAUUGCUCGUUUGGCCAAAGUUGAAGUAUUGAACGGGAGCGAGAUUACCCCUCGAGAGCGCAAAGACUCUGAGAUUCGGUAUGUACGCCUGGUAAUGUCAAAGCCGCAUCAAAAUUCGGAAGAGAUCAAGAGGCUUCACCCAAGAUUUUCCGAGCUCAAAGCAUUCCAUGGAAUUGAGGAUGAAAGGCCUUCAAAUGGUCCAACAGGCCCUCAGAAAAUGGCUUCUGGACUCAUUGCUAUUACUCUGAAAUGUGUUGGACCAUCGAUUGGUGAAAAGCCUCCGUUAACGAAAAAGCUGCCGGCAACCACCACUGUUGGCAAGCUGAAGACCCUUUGCGAGAGCUUCUUCAAAUUAAAGUCCAUCAAGCCACUAUUAUAUCUUCAAGAAGAGGGAUCCCCGCUGCCUACUUUGCUUGAUGACGACAUGGCAUCUUUGAACGAUGCAGGUGUUUGCACCCAAUCAACCAUUCUGGUUGACGAAGAGAGAUAAAAAUUGACAUUUAGUACAACAUUAGGUCUGGCUUAUCGGCAACUCAAACCUCCACGGUCCACCAUCACAUAAGGUUCUAGAAAAAGAAUCAUCUUGCAGGCUUUUAUAGCGGAUGAAAGCAUAUUGUACUCGAGACGGAAAGCAUGUUCGUGAUAUAAUGUGCCAUCGACAUUUUCCUUCACUUAUUUUACACUGUUCAUCGGACGAAAACAAUUUUGUACUGUUUGGGAUAGAGAUAAAAAGUCCGUAUACCUAUUA